AUGCACCUUGCUGGACAAGCAGCUUUCGCCGCGCAGCCACACCAUUGCAUCACACUAGGUAAUCAUCAAAUCAUCAUGGCAACAACAAGCCCCGAAGCUACGUCCGAACCGCAAGUCGUCUUCAAGGCCGGGAAAAAGAGAAAAGCGUACCGCCAACGAGUCGAAGAACCUGAAAGCGCGAACGCUGAUAGCCAGCAUGCGAUCGAGCCAACCCCAGAAAACCCCCCAGCGGUAGCAGGCAAUGGCGCGCAAACAACAGCUGCUGAACAGGACGAAGAGAAAGGCCUCUCCGUCGCCGAGGUACUCAAAUUACGAAACUCGCGAAAGCACAAGUUCGGUGGCGUUGGCUUCCGCGCAAGGCCCGGACAGUCGACACAUGGCGAUGACGACGGCAGCGUCCCCGAGGAGCAAAGCCUGGUUCUCCACGGCAGUGCCGAGACGGAAGCAGAACCCUUCGGCGGAAUCACACAACGGUUCGCGCCCCAGACAGGUCUGGCUGGCGAUCUAGUCAACAAGCAUAUGGAGGAAUAUGUAGAAUCUGCAUUGGCUAGACGAAAGCGGCAGGCCGCGGAGCUCACAGUACAGCACGAAAGCCUCAAUGCUGGCGCAUCAUCAGCAAAUGCGGCCAACUCAGAUCCGAGCACUUUGCCUUUCAGUGGCCCACAGGUGGAUUCGCAGCGAGCUUUACAAGGCAAGCUUAUGGAGAUUGACCUGGGUGAUGAAGCUCGCGAGCGCAACAUCGAGAUGACGGAGCGCGCUCGAAAGCGAUUACAAGGGCAGAUCGACGAGGAAGAUGAGAAUGAGGGCCGAAGGAAGACCCGCCUUGGCCCAGAUGGGAAGCCAUGGCGUGGCCGGAGGCGCAGAGGAAGCGAAGAUAUCAAGCGAGACCAGCUCGUGGAGGAGUUUUUGAGCGAGAACAAGCUCGAUAUCUACGAUGUACCUUCGGCAGAAACUCCCAGUGCGGCUGACCUGGGAGACGGAGAUGACUACGCAGCAGAUGAUCGCAUCGCUGAAGAAUUCCGCCGUGAUUUCAUGAACGCCAUGGCACAGAGACAUCGAAAGAAACGAGUAGCUCAGCCCGCUGCUAAGCCUGGCGCCAGCCGAACAGAAGAGGUCCUCAAAGGGCCGAAGUUGGGUGGCAGUCGAAAUGCAAGAGCAGCCAUGCGGGAGAUAUUACUCAAAGAGCAGGCCACGAAGCGAAGGUGAAAUGGGUUUCUCUAGGCGCGCAGCCUUGCAGGGGGAUGAGGCUUGGGGUCUUGAGGAAUGCACUUACAACAUGCAAAUGCGAAGUCGAGGCUCAAGACUCUCGCACUUAAGCAAAAUUUUCGGAUUUCCUCCGUUUCGGGCCAGUACACCACUAAAUGCUGACAGCCCUAUGGUACCCUGGGGGUUAGAUAGCCAGGAGUUUUCUUACUCACACA